ACGUCGGUUCACAUCAGACACUUCACCACAAACGGUUCAGUUUCCACCUGGUAACGGCGACAGACGACGGCGGGAAGUUUUUCCAUUCAUUUAAUCACGACGAAGAAACUACUUAACGAAGGAGAUAGUUACAGAUCGAAGAUAGGAGAUCUUGUAUUGAUGGAGCUGUAAUCGUAAAAACGCUCCCUGUAAAUUAAGUUUAGUGGCGUGGGCUUCGGCUAACAUGGCUAACGUCGGGAACCAGCUACCAACACAGGCCGUGAGCAAGCCUGCUUCUGGGAAACAUGGGAAUGUAUUACCUCUGUGGGGUAACGAAAAGACUAUGAACCUCAACCCAAUGAUUCUUACUAAUGUGCUGUCUUCACCAUACUUCAAAGUUCAGCUUUAUGAACUUAAAACCUAUCACGAAGUGGUGGACGAGAUCUACUUCAAGGUGACUCACGCUGAGCCUUGGGAAAAGGGAAGCCGAAAGACUGCAGGCCAGACUGGAAUGUGCGGAGGGGUGCGUGGAGUUGGAACUGGUGGGAUUGUGUCUACUGCUUUCUGUCUUCUAUACAAACUUUUUACCCUCAAGCUAACCCGCAAACAGCUGAUGGGUCUGAUCACUCACACAGACUCUCCAUACAUCAGAGCUCUCGGGUUCAUGUACAUAAGAUACACUCAGCCCCCAGCAGAUUUGAUUGACUGGUACGAUGGCUUCCUGGAUGAUGAGGAGGAGCUCGACGUGAAGGCAGGAGGUGGCUGUGUGAUGACAGUCGGAGAGAUGCUGCGCUCCUUUUUGACCAAACUGGAGUGGUUCUCUACUCUGUUCCCCCGUAUCCCAGUGCCUGUCCAGAAGGCUAUAGAUCAGCAGAUGAAGGCGAGGCCUCGUAAGGUUGCUGUAAAGGAGCCACAAGAGGAAGAGGUUGCAGAGCCGGCGAGGCAAGGAGAACGACGCCGCUCUAGGACACCCAGACGGACCCCUAGCCCCAAAAGAUCACCCAAAAGAUCACCUAAGAGAUCACCUAAACGGUCACCCAAAAGAUCACCCAAACGGUCACCCAAGCGGUCACCCAAGCGGUCACCCAAGCGGUCACCCAAGCGGUCAAGGAGCAGGAGCCAUCAUCGUGAAAAAGAACGCCACGGACCCAGCUUCGACAGAGAGCUGGAGAGGGAGCGGGACCGUCAGAGGAAGGAGAGGGAGGGCAGGGAUAGGGACAGAGGGGAUCGAGGGGACAGGGAGAGGCGGCGGUCCCGCAGCACAGAACGGAACCAAGAGCGGCGAGAACGCAAAAGAAGUCGUAGUGGUAGCCGGGAACGAAGGAGCGAACGUAGAGACAAAGACAGAGAAGGGGGGGAUGACAAGAGCAGGAGGAAGGACAGGGAGCACCAUAAAGAGAGAGGCCCGGAGAGGGAGAAGUCCAGGGAUAAAAAGAACAGGGGAGAAACUGACGAAAAGAGGCAUAAAGAUGACAGGGACAGACACAGAGACGAGAGGAAGACCAAAAGGUCAAGCCGAAGUCGAAGCAGGGAGAGGAAGCACAAAAGCGGGGGAGAGGAGAAGAGCAGAAAAGGAGAGCGCAGCCACGACAGAGACCGGGAGAAAGAUGGAGAGCAACGUUCUCACAAACAUAGUGGUAGCAAAGAGAAGAGCCACCAUCAGCGGGAGUCCAGUAACGACCAUAGUAAACACAGUGAACGCAGAAGGAGUCAUAGCACUGAGUAAAUGUCACCUCGCAGCAAUAUUACCCCUCCUCCUCCUCCUCUGGUUUUUUCAUAACUUUCUUACCCAGUUUUCUGGUCCGUCACUUGUGCUAAACAGAAGGAAUGUCAGCACUGUAGACAGCUGGAAUAUUUGUCUUUGGCCAGUGUAAUGUUGCUUUAUGUUUCUCUGCCUUUUUUCAUCCUCCAAUAGACCAUUGUUAGUCUUCACUUUAAAUAUGGAAGUGGAAAAAAAAUGGCAUUUUAAUUUUAUAUGGUUCUUCUGCCCCAGAAAGAUGUGGGUUUGUACAUAAUGUUUCAGAGGCUGCCUUUACACGUGGAGUUGCCAGAGUUGCUCCUUGCUGGGUAGCGGCCAGUCAGCGCAGACACUCAACUAAUCACUGUCGUAUUUUUUAAAUGUUAUUUAUAAAGAAUACCUGUAUUUUUCAGCCGGUACAAUGCUAAUGCAAAUGUCCAGACUUUCUUCAUUUAAAGCCUUUCUUCCCGGUUAAAAAUGCUUUGAAGGGUGAGGAGAGUAGAAGUUUAAAUUUGGGUGUAGUAGAGACAUGGAGUUACAUUGGUUCUACCUGGCAUGAAGCAAUUCUGUCCACCAUCGCGUCUAGACAGCCUGGGAAUGUAUUAAUCCUCCAAAGGGCAGUCUGCAAAGGGUGAUGUUUUUUUUUACCACACACAUGGAGCCCUGCUUGUGCUGUGUUUGGGUUAUUGCUCUGUUGCAUUUUGUUUUCUAAUAAAACACUUUUACAAACAAAA